CCCCCCCCGUUAACGCCCCGUCCCCCCCGCAGGGACCCCGACAGCGUGGUGCUGUGCGUGCUGGCCACGGACGAGGAGGACGAAGGCGACAUCGCCCUGCAGAUCCACUUCACCCUGAUCCAAGCCUUCUGCUGCGACAACGACAUCCACAUCCUGCGCGUGUCGGGCAUGCAGCGCCUCGCCGCCAUCCUGGGCGACCCCGAGCCGGGCGCUGAGCCCCGCGACCUGCACUGCCUCCUGGUCACGAACCCGCACACGGACGCCUGGAAGAGCCAGGGGCUGGCGGAGGUGGCGAGUUACUGCGCCGAGAGCCGCGACAGGAACCAGUGGGUGCCCUACGUCUGCCUGCAGGAGCGCUGAGCCGGCCUCGCGCCGCCCGGCGCGGUGCCUGGAAGAGGAGGAGGAGGGGAAAGAAAAGCAACCCUAAAACCGCAGGGGGACGGAGGAGAAACAAGCAGUUAAACCAAACCAACCCAAACACCCACCGAUUCUUCAUUUUAUUUUUUAAAACCGGAGAGGAGAAGGGAGCAGCCCGGCCGCACCGGUGGGCGUGGGAAGGGCGAGCGGUGCCGGCGGCCCGGCGGGACGCGCGCCGGAGCCGUGCCGAGGAGUCAUGCUUGGCCGCGGGGCCGUGCCGAGGAGCCCCGGGAGGAGACGAAGGCUUUUUUUGUUUUCAUUUUUGGCGUCCGUGACUCGACGGAGGACUGCGGAGGGACGGGAUCCGCAGACGAACUUUUUUUCCAGGGGGGUGCCGCUGGCGCUGGGACAGGCGUGCAGCACCACGGUCAGUUUUUGCACUUCAAGUCACUUGGAGACCCUGAUCCAGAUCUAUUACAGAGUCUAUUCUUGUACUGAUUUAAAAUAAAUUUAUUUGCAAUAAAAC